CCUUCACACCGCAGAUCAAGAACAGCAAUGGCGGCUGCAUCUGAAAACAGCGCGGAUCUGAAGCGAAAAGCGAGUCACAAAGAUGAAGAGGCCGAUGGACAAGAGGGUGAUGAAUGGGUCGGGCCCAUGCCAAGCGAAGCUACGAAAAAUAAGAAGAGAAAAUUUUUGGAAUUUGAAAGUGUUUACCUGGAUAAUCUUCCAUCGGCUGCGAUGUAUGAAAGAAGCUACAUGCACAGAGAUGUAAUCACACAUAUCGUGUGCUCCAAGACUGACUUUGUCAUCACAGCCAGUCAGGACGGUCAUGUCAAGUUUUGGAAAAAGAAGGAAGAUGAAGGCAUUGAGUUUGUUAAACAUUUUAGAAGCCACCUUGGUGUAAUCGAAAGCAUUGCAGUAAGUGCUGAAGGAGCACUUUGUUGCUCUGUUGGUGAUGACCAGGCAAUGAAAGUAUUUGAUGUCGUCAACUUUGACAUGAUUAAUAUGCUAAAACUUGGGUUUCACCCAGGCCAGAGUGAAUGGAUUUACAAUCCUGGAGAUGCCAUUUCCACUGUGGCUUGCUCAGAAAAAUCCACAGGAAAGAUCUUUGUUUAUGACGGACGGGGAAGCAAUGAACCAAUUCAUGUAUUUGACAAGAUGCAUGCUUCACCACUGACCCAAAUCCGCUUGAAUCCCAAAUUCAGGGUGAUUGUUUCUGCUGACAAAGCAGGAAUGUUAGAAUACUGGACUGGUCUACCAAAUGAGUUUAAAUUCCCCAAGCAUGUAGACUGGGAAUACAAAACGGACACAGAUCUGUAUGAAUUUGCAAAACAUAAAACAUAUCCCACUAGUCUGGCAUUUUCCCCAGAUGGAAAGAAAAUGGCUACCAUUGCAGCUGACCGAAAAGUCCGAAUUUUUAGAUUCCUCACAGGAAAACUCAUGAGAGUGUUUGACGAAUCCUUAACUAUGUUCACAGAGUUGCAGCAGAUGCGACAGCAGCUUCCCGAUAUGGAGUUUGGAAGGAGAAUGGCUGUAGAGAGGGAACUUGAGAAGGUGGAUGGUGUCCGUUUGGCAAACAUUAUCUUUGAUGAAACAGGACACUUUGUCCUCUAUGGAACUAUGCUUGGAAUUAAAGUCAUCAAUGUAGAAACCAACAGAUGUGUUAGAAUACUUGGCAAACUUGAGAAUAUCCGUGUGGUUCAACUGAGUCUGUUCCAAGGUGUAGCAAAAUCCAUGAAGGUCGCACCAACUGUUGAGAUGAAGGCAUCUGAUAACCCUGCACUACAAAAUAUAGAGGCAGACCCUACCAUAUUCUGUACUGCAUUUAAAAAGAACCGUUUCUAUCUGUUUUCCAAGAGAGAACCAGAGGAUACCAAGAGUGCCGACUCGGAUAGAGACAUCUUCAAUGAAAAGCCAUCAAAAGAGGAGGUGAUGGCUGCAACACAGGCUGAGGGUCCAAAGCGUGUGUCUGACAGUGCCAUUAUCCAUACAACUAUGGGAGAUAUUCACAUUAAACUAUUCCCUGUUGAAUGCCCCAAAACUGUGGAGAACUUUUGUGUUCACAGUAGGAAUGGCUAUUACAAUGGACAUAUUUUCCACAGAGUCAUUAAGGGGUUUAUGAUUCAGACUGGAGACCCAACUGGUACAGGCAUGGGAGGAGAGAGCAUCUGGGGAGGGGAGUUUGAGGAUGAAUUUCACUCUACUUUGAGACAUGAUCGGCCAUACACACUUAGCAUGGCCAAUGCUGGACCAGGCACCAAUGGCUCUCAAUUUUUUAUCACCGUUGUACCCACUCCUUGGCUUGAUAACAAGCAUACAGUAUUUGGAAGGUGUACAAAAGGAAUGGAAGCUGUUCAGAGAAUUUCCAAUACAAAGGUCAACCCAAAGACUGACAAACCUUAUGAGGACAUAAGCAUUAUCAACAUCACAAUUAAGUAAUGUCAUGUGAUUUAUAGUGGUGGGUUUUAUAAUGGUUUCAUUAAAAAAA